AUGAGCCACAACGACGCACUUCUGGAAAACCUGAAUGAGUUCAAAAGUAAGGUUCGGGCGAGUCCUAAUACUUCACCUUGGAAGAAGGGAACUAGCGACUCUAAAAGGCGAGAUAUUGAAUUGGAAGACAGCCCCACCGUCAAAAGACCUAAAACAGCCGGAUCUGUGCCAUCGACAAGUGGCGCGACAUCAGACGGAAGUUUGACCGGUACUCAUUUGUCUACGAAACUUCUGUUAGCCACGGAAUACAUUCAGGAGCGUGGAGAAGCGGUGCCUAUACCGCAGAUCGAAUCCUAUCUAUCGCUUUCGGCAGACAAUAACGUUAUUCCACUGCUCAAGAACAUCAACAAGAUCAAAUUCGACCCGAAGCAGAAUACGCUGCAGUAUGUGUCUAUCUACGAUGUUCAUUCGGCAGAAGAAUUGCUGCGAUUGCUGCGCACGCAGGUAACGUUCAAGGGCAUUUCAUGUAAGGAAUUGAAAGAUGGCUGGCCACAGUGCAACGAGGUUGUGGACGAAAUGGAGGCAAAGAACCGAGUGCUGGUGCUGCGUACCAAAAAGGAUAACCAGCCCAGGUUUGUUUGGUACAAUUUUGGCGGACCCGUCGGCAGUGUCGACGAAGAUUUCGUGAAGAUGUGGGAGACUUGUAAGCUGCCGCAGCGGGGCGAGUUACCCAGGAAGUUGACAGACCUGGGACUCAAGCCUGCGAGUGUUGACCCUGCGACCGUGAAAAAACAAUCAACGCGGGUCCAGGCCAAGAAAAGGAAACAGCGCAAAGGCAAAAUCACCAAUACCCACAUGGCCGGCAUCCUCAAAGACUAUUCAGACCGCGUAUGA